CAUCAAAACAAUAUUAGUUGUAAUAUUUUAAGACAGACCAUCGUUGCCAGCUACAUUUAUUUCGUGUUUUGAGUGCAUUAUGAGCGGUCGCUAGAAAUUCCGUGCUCAUAAUUAAGAAUUUUCGUAAAUUUUACUAGCUUUACGUGAUACUUGCGAUUGAUUUUUUUAUACAAAGUAUUAAAUAAUAACAUUGAAACUAUUAAAUUUUAAACGUAAUCACAAAUUUCUUCGAAAAUAAUAGUUUCACUAAGCAUUUCGGUCUGUCACUUUGAAUCAAAGAUCAUGUCUCUUAAAGAAACUACAAAAUCCUGUGGAGAAGGUCCAAAUGUAAUUGAUGUAUGCGACUCUGCUGUUAAGAGUGCUAGAAAAAUAUUUCCCGAGAAAAAAUACAAACAAGUGCAGCCGACGGGUAAAGAAGUCUCAGGACUGACCCACGAAUGUGGAGUAUUUGGAGCGAUCGCUUGCGGUGAAUGGCCAACACAGAUUGAUAUUGCUCAGGUCGUUUGCCUCGGAUUGGUAGCACUGCAGCAUCGUGGACAAGAAUCGGCUGGUAUUGCCACUAGCCAAGGCAAAAAUUCCAAGAAUCUUAGCAUUCACAAAGGAAUGGGAAUGAUCAGCAAUCUGUUUAAUGAUGAUUCGAUUAGGAGAUUAAAGGGAAAUCUAGGCAUUGGACACACGCGAUACUCCACAGCAGCGGCAUCGGAAGUGGUGAAUUGCCAACCAUUUGUUGUUCACACAGCCCAUGGCGCGGUGGCGAUCGCCCACAAUGGCGAGCUGAUCAACUGCGAGUCGCUGCGGCGAGUUGUGUUGGAACGUGGUGUAGGUCUUUCCACUCACAGUGAUAGUGAAUUAAUCGCACAGUCUCUUUGUUGUGCACCCGAGGAUGCCAGUGAGCAUGAUGGUCCAGAUUGGCCAGCACGCAUACGCCAAUUUAUGACACUCGCUCCACUUUCAUACUCGCUGGUUGUCAUGCAUAAGGACAAAAUUUACGCGGUACGCGAUUCCUACGGAAAUCG